AUGGAUACCAAGCUAUCUGUAACAGGAGCUAAAAAAUCUCAGGGAAAAGCUUCUGGUUUGGGAAACGAAGGAACUCCAAUCGGGAAUGAGGAGAGCACAAAUAAAGCUAAAAAUGGAAAUAAAAAGCGGAAUAAAAAUCGAAACAGAAAUAAGAAGACAGAGACAAAGGAACAAAAUGAACCUAAACCUGUGACUGGAGGGGAAGAAGUGAGAGUCGAGAAAUCUCAAGCGAAAAACAGAAGGCGGAAAAACAAUAAUGGAGCUAAUAAAAAGAAUACCCUACACUACUCAAAGGAAAUUAAUGUAGAAGAGCGAAAACAAAUCGCAAAAAGGCAAGAAGAAAUCGAACAAUGCAUUCACACCUUAUCCGAUUUUAAACUGUUUAAAAAGGGUAAGCACGUUACCUCAUAUGGCUAUCGAAUCUCCCCCAUGACAGACUCCGGUAAGAUUUCUUUGAAAAUUUUAUUCAACAUACCUUUGGAUUAUCCAAAGGCCCCAAUAAAACUAACGAUGAAAAGUAAUGAAGAAGUUUCCUCUUACAUGGACACCGUGAUAGCGAAUUUCAACUGGAAAGCCCGUCAAUUGGUUAAGGAGGACUGGAGGAUAUUAUCUCAAAUAAACUAUUUGGUUAGUGAGUUAGAAAUAUUGAAAAUGGAAAAUUAUAAACAAAUUGAUAAACUACGUAAUAGCUUUUACAAAACCAUAUAA